GACAGCCAAUCCAGAGGAAGGUAAUUCUCCCGCUAGGCCACUGAAAACCCACCGCCCGCCGUGCGACCGGAAGCAAAACGGGGGCGGGCCUUCCUGUCGGAAGUGGUCGCUAGGCAGAUGUUUCGGUAAGAGAUUGUAGGAGAUGUUUCAGCAGCCUAGUUGGUAGGAGAUGUACGAAUAGUGUGAGACAAGGAACGGAAGCCAGAGUCAGACGUCCCUUUGAAGGCAGUUUGGAUUUGGGGCUGCGCUGCUGUGGUGCAGUCAGACCAUGGGCUCGGCCACGCACUGGGGAGAGUGGUUCCUGAACCUGCGGGUGUCCCCCUCCGGGGUAUUUGGUGUGGCCUUCCUUGCGCGAGUGGCCCUGGUUUUCUAUGGGGUCUUCCAGGACCGGACCCUGCUCGUGAAGUACACAGACAUCGACUACCAGGUCUUCACGGACGCCGCGCGCUUCGUGACGGAAGGGCGCUCCCCUUACCUGAGGGCGACCUACCGUUACACACCGCUGCUGGGGUGGCUUCUCACUCCCAACAUCUAUGUUAGUGAACUCUUUGGAAAGUUUCUCUUCAUCAGCUUCGACCUCCUCACCGCCUUCCUCUUAUACCGUCUGCUGCUGCUUAAGGGGCUGGGCCAACGUCAGGCUUGCGGUUACUGUGUCUUUUGGCUUCUUAACCCCCUACCUAUGGCGGUGUCCAGCCGAGGCAAUGCGGACUCGAUCGUCGCCUCCCUGGUGCUUAUGGCCUUGUACCUAAUAGAAAAAAAAUUCGUCGCGCGUGCCGCUGUAUUCUAUGGUUUCGCAGUGCAUUUGAAGAUGUAUCCAGUGACCUAUAUCCUUCCCAUAGCCCUCCACUUACUCCCGGAACGCGACCGUGAAGAAGACCUCCGUCAAUCCCGGUAUUCUUUCCACGCUCGCUUGUUCCAAUUCCUGAAGAGGCUGUGUAAUCGGGCUGUGCUGCUCUUCGCAGCGGUUGCUGGACUUACAUUUUUUGCCCUGAGCUUCGGUUUUUACUACAAAUAUGGUUGGGAGUUUUUGGAGCACACCUACCUGUAUCACCUGACCAGACGGGAUAUCCGCCACAACUUCUCUCCAUACUUCUACAUGCUGUAUUUGACUGCAGAGAGCAAGUGGAGUUUUCCCCUGGGAAUCGCUGCAUUCCUGCCACAGUUAAUCUUGCUUUUAGCAGUGUCUUUCGCGUAUUACAGAGACCUUGUCUUUUGUUGUUUUCUACAUACGUCCAUUUUUGUGACAUUUAACAAAGUCUGCACCUCCCAGUACUUUCUUUGGUACCUCUGCCUAUUGCCCCUUGUGAUGCCACUAGUGAGGAUGUCUUGGAGAAGAGCUGUGGUCCUUCUAAUGUUAUGGUUCAUAGGGCAGGCCUUAUGGCUGGCUCCUGCUUAUGUUCUAGAGUUUCAAGGAAAGAACACCUUUGUUUUCAUCUGGUUAGCUGGUUUGUUCUUCCUCCUUAUCAACUGUUAUAUUCUAAUUCAAAUUAUUUCCCAUUACCAGAAGAAACCCUGGACAGACACAACCAAAUAUGACUGAUAGAGAUGCUCCAGUUCUUCUGCGACUUGGAUCUAUUAUAUUCUGAUUGUUCUGAAUGGACCAGAGAGAGCUUUUGAGAAAGAAAAAAACAAAAACAAAAACAAAAAAAACCACAGAAAACAUUUGAGCAUUCUAAGCUCUCUAGUGAAAGUUCAGUGUGGAGUAUAAAAUACUAUUCCAACAAAUUUAAAUGAAUGCUUGCCUUAGCUAUAAAAGGGACUCAAUUGAGGUCCACCUUUUAGGAAAUCUCAGGGCUCAUUUAUCUGGAACAUGAUGGGAAGGAAAAGCUAGUAGUUUGGAAAUGGAAAGGCUGAUGAAAUUAUCAGAUGGUCAAGGGUUUUUUGUAGAAAAAUAGAGGAAUAUACUCAAAUCUAAGCCAGUAUUUGUUUCAUUAUACUCUGGUGCUAUCUGAAGCUGUCUUGUCUUUUAACCCCCACUUUUUCUUUCUAAAGCUUUCCUGAUGACUUAUAAAAUGUUCCUAAAGUACAGCUUUUAGCUAUAAAGUGUUAAAUAAUAUAACUUGCUUAAGUUGGGGAAAGUUAUUUUUUAUUAAAAGUGGGGGCUUGAAAGAUAAAGAAUCCAAAUAAUUUAAAUUGUAAUCAUGUUUCAUAUGUUUGUUUUAUAACUUCAUUUUUCAGCACUUAGUCCCAGUGGUAUUAGACUACUGUUUAGUUUUACGCAAAAAGGAUUAAAUUGAAACUCGUCCGUCUUUAAGCUUUUUAACAUAUUUUAAAAUGGGAUCUUGCUUUUGAUGUUUGAGGUGACAGCCUAUUAGAACAUUUAGUACUCUAGUACUCUCUUAUCCCCCUUUGGAGGGUUCAUUCAUUUUGGCCAUGCCCACAGCAUGUGGAAGUUCCCAGGCCAGGGAUGGAACCUAGGCUACAGCAGUGACAAGGCUGAAUCCUCAACCACUAGGCCACCAUGGAACUCUUAACUCUUUGGUUUUAAUUUUCUGAUUGAUAGAAAGUAUUUUUUAUCUGGAGUUUAAGUUAAUCACAUGUAAUCUGUGUUGUAAAAUGAGUAUUAGUAGAUUUUAAGUGAUAAAAAAUUAAAUUGUUAGUGAAGUAUUUCCCAGCUUGUGAAAAUUCCAUAAUAGAAAUGGAAGCCUGCAUGAGAGCUUCCUGGAAAACACAAGAAUCAUCCGAAAAGCCAAGCCACUUGCCUCUUUGAUGUGGAAAUUGAGGAAGAGAUUGUGGAAAUGAGGCUUUAGUGGCCAUAUCCCUUUACCUUAUUACUAUGAUAUUUUUAGGAAAAAAAUGCUUUCUGAGUUUCAAACAAGCAACCUAAAAAACACUUAAAAAAAAAAAAAGUAGCCCACUUAGUCUGGGGACUCCCUAACACUCUGAAAUGCAGUAGCAAUGUAUGAGUUUGAUUUUAUGGUUUUGAUUUUAAAAGAUGAGUAGUUAACAACUGUUCUUUCAUAGUUAAAAAAAAAAAAAAAAACUCCAGAGAAA